AGAGUUUGCAACAAUAUCAGGAGAAAAAGUGGCACAUGAAAUACCCGAUAGUCGUAAAUAUUAAACAAAACAGCAUGGUCGAGGAAAUCUUUCUCGGCCACUCAACCAAGAGCCUGAGAAAUCAAGAGCAGCUGUUUCUGUUUACUCGUUCGAACAGAGACAAGGAGGCUUGGACAAAAUGGCUAAUAAAAGCUUCACGCACGGACAACUUCCCUAGCAGCGAAGAGGCUCCGAUAUUGGCCAUCAGGGCUGGAAGACCUUUAGCGGAGCCGCGACCAGUGUACAUUGAGAGGAGGACAAAAAGUGUCUGGCUGAACAAACUCGUGGAGUGCAUCUUCAGCCAAGACACGACUAAAAGACUGAUCAAAUCCAUGCUGAAUAAAGAAGCGGAAACUUUGCUUAGGGACAUGAGAGAGCAGGGCUACUUCAAUCCCAUGCUGCGAGUGUCUGUGGACAACGUCGAUCUUUCCAGCAUGAGCGUGCCUCGUGUGAUUGGAGUUGCGCCGCGCUACGAGAACGAAUAUGGACUGUGGGAAGAAGUGAACGUAAGGUACAGCGGGAUUGUCAGCGUCACGCUCAGGAUCGAGUUGAAUGUGCAGGAAAUGCAAGAGGCCGACAUCGAAUCUUUCUGGUUCGAUCAGCUGCAGCACCUGGCGCACUACCCUUUUUUCAAGCGGAUUCUUGAAAAUACUGCGAUUUUCGUUGUCAUCAGUUUGGAUUCUGUCAGAGGCGUACUUGCCCUGAAUAUCCCACACCCUCCCACUGACACGGCAUGGAUCGGCUUCAGAUCAAACACCAGAAUCAGCGUGACAGGGAAAGUGUACUGGGGCACUUUGCCUGUGCCGUUCUUCCACAACAUAAUCGCCUCCAUGACCAACUACAUGACGCAGAGUUUUUACAGACAUUUCUUGGUGCCAAACAUGAUGCAGAUCUGUCUGCCCCCGUUUUUCAAUCAAAUAUAAAUUAUUACCUGCUCC